UGGCUUACAUAAGCUCCGAAAAAUUUUUCUUUUUUUUUAAAUAUGCUGUAGCAUAUUCUAAUGCGGUUUUAAUGACGGGUACUACUCCCUCCAUCUUUCCACGCUUCUUUAUUCUUAAAAAAAAUCGAAUAUUUAUUUAA